AUAGAUUUUGAUUCUCAUCAAAUUUUCUUUUUAAUUAAAAAAAAACACUUUCUCAGGAUUUUAUUUUUAUGUUCAGAUCACACACAGAGAAAGCUAGCUGAAGAAAGAAAAGAAAAUUAUUAACGAAAUUCAACGACACAGAUUUUUCUGACUUCAUCUGCUAAAGGAUCAAGAAGGAGUUUUUCCAGAUGCUAGGACGCUGAGCUAGAGUCAUCGAUUAUUUAUGGUGUUUGGAGUAACAAUCUGAGAUAACAGGGUGUAACUAUAACCUGAAUCUGGGAAGAAGUUUUCAGACAUUGCGCAAUUCAGAACAGUGGUAUGAGGCUUGAAUCAGGGACUUGUAAUGUGUGCUCAGCUCCUUGUUCAUCUUGCAUGCAUGUUAACCAUGCCCCUGAAGAGUUUUCUGAUGAUAACUGUCGCUCAGGGGAGGCUAAUGUUCAGAAUUCUAUGAAUGAGGGUAAUGUACAUUCUCUUAGUAGCCGAGCUUGUGAAAACUUGCAGCACGGUGUCAGUGAAACAAGUAAUAUGCUCAGUGUUAGUUCAAGUCACGAUUCUCUAUCUGAAAACGCGGAGAGUAGACAGAUCUUGUUGAAUAAGUAUCAGGAUCCCAACCAUUUAGAAGGUCAUGAUGACAACACAUCUUGUAUUAGUAGAGCAUCUGAUGCUAAUUCUCGUAUACCAGAAAAAAAUUCAAAAUGCUCUAUUGAGAAUUGCAGUUCAUCAUUAACCAAAGAGAGUGCACCUGUUGCUACUUCUGGCGAGAAAUGCACUGCAAAUAAGGAUAAACUUAUUGAAGGAACUUCCAAUGAUUCGCUAAAAGUAUGUCCAAAGUCACAAGCAGAUCCUGAUAAUGAUAAAGUAUGUGAUGCUAAAGUUGAAGACUGUAAAUGUUCGGCCCAUGAUGGACAUCAUGAGAAAGCUGAAGAGCUGGUUAAAUCACCUAGAAAGCAGGAAUCUCAAUCUGAAAAUGAGAGUGAUGAAUCAGAUGUUGUGGAACAUGAUGUGAAGGUAUGCGACAUCUGUGGAGAUGCUGGUCGUGAGGAUCUACUUGCCAUAUGCUGCAGGUGCACUGAUGGUGCAGAGCACACCUACUGCAUGCGAGAAAUGCUUGAGAAACUCCCUGAAGGGGAUUGGUUGUGUGAAGAAUGCCAAGAUGCAGUGGAAGCUGAAAACAAGAGGCUGGUACUGAAUAUUUGUUGUUCAGACAUUGAAGGGAAAAAAAACAUUAAAACUACUUCCACGUCACAAGUUUCUGGCAAAAGACGUCCUGACAACAUUGAAGUGGCUCCUCCAGCAGCAAAAAGGCAAGCUCUUGAAUUAAGCAAAGGAUCACCAAAGGUGUCAAGCCCUAAGAAAUUGGUUCCACUAUCACGAGAAUCUUCAUUUAAGAGCUCAGAUAAAUUAAAAGGGAAGUCUGGUCUUCUGAUGCCUCCUCGUAACCACUCUGGUGGUGAUGACGCACAGACUGCUCGAUCUCCUUCCGUUGGCCUCCGGGGUCAAAUUUCAAAAAGUAUGUUGUUGAAGUCUAAUUCAUCCAACAACUUAAAUUCCAAGCCGAAAGUCAAAAUUGGUGAUGAAGUUUUUCCACCAAGACCAAAAGGGGGUCAUGAACAAACUUCUAAGAAUAUGGAGACAACUGCUCGUAUGACAAGCAGGUCAACAUUAUUCAAAUCCUCUAGUUUGGGCCGAUCAAGUGCAAUUGAAUCAAAAGUUAAAAUGCUACCUAAGCCUGCAACUAUUCAGGACUUGAAAGGGUCCAGACAUUCUAAAGAAUCAGGUUCGUUGGACCGAAAGUAUCUGUCUAGGAAUGACAGGCCUGUGGCUAGUUCUGUUGUUUCCACACCUAAGGGCGAUCAGAAGCUUACACCUCGGGGAGAAACCGUUAUUAAGCCUUCAGCAGUUAAUAAUCGAGAGUCGAAGAUAAACCAGGAUGGAAAGUUAAGUGCGUCAUCAAAAUCAACGAACAAUAUAAGCCGUAAAAGUGUGGAGCCUCAGGGUAGUUCAGAGAGAACAAUAGCCAGUAAUGAUGAAGCUCUACAGGAUGUGCUGCCUCGAUCACGAGAGACAGCAAAUCAGGUUGAGAAAUCCAGAGAGAGUCUUAGUGAUCGUUUAAGGCCAGUUGUUCCCACUGCAUCAAAAAGUUCAUACUGUCAAAAAUGUGAGGAAUUUGGCCAUUCACUAGAAGGUUGCACAGCUGGUAAUCUGCAAGAAUCUGGUGCUGAAAUAUCUGUUACUGCCUCAAGUAUCUCAAAAGAGGAGAUGCAUAAAGGCAAUAAAUUGAAAGCUGCAAUACAGGCUGCUUUACUUAAAAGGCCUGAAAUUUACAGGAAGAAAGAAGUAUCUAGUCAAACCGAUGAAAUUCCUACAUCAGGCACGGAGUUGAAUUGUGAAGCAACUUCACGAGACCAAGUUUUGGUUUCUAACACACUUAAGAAUAGUAUAUCUACUGAAGAAACUCGUGAACAACAGGAAGUCCUUGAGAAUUCUACAUCUGAAUCUUCUAAAUGUUCAUCUGCCAGCGAUUUGAAGCAACUUAACUCUUGUCCAACUGAUCUUUGUUCACAACUAGGAAAGUCGGAUUUAGUUGGUCUUAAUGCACAAAAGCCUUUAGUGAGAGACUUGUCUAGAAAAGCCGUGGCGAUCUCAAGUGUUGUUUCGAAGAUGCUGGCCUUUCCUGAAUAUGAAUACAUCUGGCAGGGUGUCUUUGAAGUGCAUAGAAAUGGAAAGCCUCCAGAAUUAUGUACUGGAGUUCAGGCACAUUUAUCCUCUUCUGCAUCUCCUAAGGUUCUUGAGGUAGUGACCAAGUUUAGUCCCGAAGUUUCCCUCAACGAAGUUUCACGCUUGAGUACAUGGCCAUCACAGUUUCAUCAUGGUGGUGCUAGAGAAGAUAAUAUUGCUCUUUACUUCUUUGCCAGAGAUGUUGAAAGCUAUGAGAGACACUACAAAGGUCUACUGGAUCACAUGAUUAGAAAUGAUUUAGCACUUAAAGGAAUUUUCGAUGGCGUUGAACUUCUCAUAUUCCCAUCCAAUCAGCUUCCAGAAAAUUCACAGCGCUGGAAUAUGUUGCUUUUCUUAUGGGGUGUAUUUAGGGGGCGGAGGGUCGAUCAUUCUGGUUCUGCAAAAAGCAUCUGUAUUCCAAGUUUGAAUGCAAUGCCAGUUGAGGAGAAUUCUUCAACUGCUGUUGUGACUUUGUCUGAGCGUUGUUUGUCGAAGGGCAUUGAUGAAAAACCAAUUAAUUCUGACAAAGCAGGCAAUACACUUCCCUUUUCAACUUCCCAAGAUCAAUCUCCAACUAUAGCGAGUAACAAUACUGAUAUCAAUCACCAGACACAAUUGUGUUCGCAACAAGUACCCUUAGAAAUGUCAGAUGGUACAAUCGACAGCAAAACUGCAUCCAGGGUUUCAAAAAGCUGUCAACAAACGAAAUUUACUGGUUCAUCCCUGAAAGCUAGUGUAGUAGAGGAUGAACGGUGCACAGAGUCUAAACCUUCUGAAGAAAUGGGAACAGGUGUGAGUUACAAGAUGGUGGAAGCUAGUACUGAUUCUGCUUCUUCUGACAAGCAAGAGAAUACCCUCUGCCAGGCGAUUCCUUCUGUUAGCAAUCAAGAUAGAGAUGCUGCCUGCAAUAUUAGUAAGAAUGAAAUUUUGGAGAGAAUGAACUGUGAUGAAGAUCAGCAAAGGACCAAAAGGAAACAGAAAGAAGAUUGUCACUAUAUUGAUUUGGAGGAAACAAUUGACAAUCACGAAACACAUGCUGCAAGCAAUAUUGGUAAGGAUAAAAUUUCUGAAAGAAUGAAAAUUGAUGAAGAUCAGCAAAGGCCUAAGAGGAAACAUAGAAAUGGUCACUAUAUCGACUUGGAGGCAACUGUUGAAAAUCAAGAAACAGAUGCUGGAAUCAAUAUAACUAAAGAUAACAUUUCAGAUAAAAUAGGUGAUGAAGAUCAGCAACGGCUUAAGAGGAAAGCAAAAGAAGAUUGUCACUAUAUUGACUUGGAGGCACCUCUUCAGGAAGACCUGUCUACUGAAGGGGCUGAUUACCAGCUACCCAAUGAUAAAGAAGUUCAUCAUGUUGAUCCAUCAGUGGCUGGUUUACAGAAAAUGCCUUGGAAUGAGGUAAAUGGAAAAUUAGAAGAUGCAGAAAGUUCCAGAAAGAAGCUGAGGACAAGCGAGAUUUAUGAUCGUCACAGUUCUGGAGGUAGGCUCUCCUUUAAUGACAGUUUGACAUCUCUUGGAAAUGAUAUUGGUUCCCGUUCUUCAGUUGGAGACAAAGGAUGUGAAGAAGCUUCCGUUGAAAAAAUCAUCCGUGAGGACUUGGGAACGAUGGAAAGAACCUUCUUUCCUGUUGAUACUCAGAAUAUCAAUGGCUUGCAAUCGGUGCUGAAUACUAUGGCAAUGAAAGGGAUUCAUGAGCGCGAGAAUGUGAUUCCAAAUCUAAAUCUUGCUUUAGGGGAUGAAACAGAAAUGCCUCCUUCUCCUCCUCCUGCCGGCCCUAAGGGUAUGCUGCCUUUCCUAGUUGGGCCAGCAGAAAAGAAAAAUAACCAUGCAGAUAGGCCAGAAGAUGACGUUGCUGCUGCAUCUCUGUCCCUUUCUCUAUCGUUUCCAUCUUCAAACAUGGAACAAACAAAAGCUUCUUCGAAGGCAGAGCUUUUGCCUGAUGGGCACCGUCCGAGUCCUUCAUUUCUCCUUUUUGGGAGGAGAUACACAGACAAAUAAAUCUGCUGCUAUUUAUUUCCUGUCUGUCGUGUAAAUUAUAUUGUUCGACAAAGCCGGUCGUGUAUGAUAGAUAAUCUUCCAGCGGUCCAUGCAAAGGAACCAUCGUCCAAACAACAAAGAGUCAAUAAGUUUUUUUUUUUUUUUUUUUUUAAACUAUGUCAAAUACAUGUUUUUAUAUUAGCUUUUUGUUGUCAUAAUAUAGUUACGGCUGUUUGUAAAUAGAGAGAAUUCAAGCCGUCAUAAUUUCUGAAUGUUACUAGGAACUUGCGGAUGACUUUUUUUAUGGCAGGGUUUCCUCUGUUCCUGGCUCCAUUUUUGUGGUACACCUAGUUAAGAACUUAAUUAAACAAGUUUGCUAUCUAGAAUUGUAUAACUAA